AGGUCCAAAGCGAAAACAAAUAAACUACAGAGGAGUGAGAAACCGCUCAGGUAGGUAGGUAUUCCGUCCACCUCAAUCUCCGCCGUCUCUUGCAUUUUCCCGGCAGCCAAAACGACGCAGUUUUGGUGCCCCUAUAAUCAGUGCUGGUGUGAUUUGUUAAUGAAGGAUAUUUGAGAUGGGGAAAGAGAACCAGAACCAGAACCAGAACCAGAACCAGACGACGUCGGCUAUGGAGAUCGACAAUCAAAAGGCGAACACCUCCGAUCAGAUCGGUCCUAAAUUCUCAAUCAACGUUUUACAGCUGUUGAAAUCUGCUCAGAUGCAGCAUGGAUUGCGCCACGGGGAUUACACUCGUUAUCGGAGGUAUUGCACUGCAAGGUUGAGGAGGCUGUAUAAGUCAUUGAAGUUCACUCACGGCCGUGGCAAGUACAACCGCCGAGCAAUAACCGAAUCAACUGUUACUGAAGUGAGGUUUCUCCAUGUGGUUCUAUAUACGGCAGAGAGGGCUUGGAGCCAUGCCAUGGAAAAAAGGCAAGUUCUGGAUGGUCCAAAUGCUCGUCAACGAAUCUAUCUGAUUGGUAGGCUGAGGAAGGCAGUAAAAUGGGCUACUCUUUUUGCACAGUUGUCUGCAAUCAAGGGAGAUUCUAGAACUUCCUUAGAAGCUGAGGCUUAUGCCUCUUUUAUGAAAGGGAACCUGUUGUUUGAACAAGAUCGAAAUUGGGACACAGCAUUACUGAACUUCAAAAGUGCCAGGGCGGUUUAUGAGGAACUUGCGAAAUAUGGAGACCUGGAGAAUCAAGUUUUAUGCCGUGAGCGUGUUGAGGAAUUAGAACCUAGUAUCCGGUACUGUCUACACAAGAUUGGAGAGUCAAAUCUACAAGGCUCUGAACUUCUACAUAUUGGUGAGAUGGAAGGACCUGCUUUGGACCUCUUCAAGGCUAAAUUGGAGGCUGUUAUGGAUGAGGCAAGAUCUCAACAGGCUGCCUCCAUGACAGAAUUUCAUUGGCUAGGCCAUAGAUUUCCAAUUUCAAAUGCAAAAACUCGGGUUUCUAUUUUAAAAGCUCAAGACUUGGAGAAAGAUGUACUUGGUUCAUCAGCUAAUUCACUCCCUACAGAGAAAAGGCUAGCCAUUUUUGACAAAGUUUUCACUGCAUACCAUGAGGCAAGGAGCUGCAUUCGCAGUGAUUUGGUCAGUGCAGGUAGUUCUGAAAAUGUCAAAGAUGACUUGAAUGGCCUUGAUAAAGCUGUUAGUGCUGUAUUAGGACAACGGACCAUUGAGCGUAACCUACUUUUGGUUAGCAUUGCAAAGAGCAAACUCACUAAGCGACGAGAUGACAAAAAUGAGAGAACUACGAAGCCAGAAGAGCUUGUCCGCUUGUAUGAUCUCCUAUUACAGAAUACAGCUGACCUUUCAGAUUUAGUCAGUUCGGGACGAGAAAAAACAUCAGAGGAAGUCGCAUUUGCUGCAGAAUGUGAGCUUAAAAGUUUGGCUUUCCGAGCAGAAAGGUGUUUCUUUUUGGGUAGAUCAUACAGUUUGGCUGGUAAGAGGGUGGAAGCAUAUGCAUUGUAUUGCCGUGCUCGCACACUUGCUGAGGAUGCCCUGCAAAAAUUUAAAGCCGUUGAUAAUGCUGAUCAGGUGGUGAUCAAAGAGUUGAAGCUAUUGUGCGAUGAAUGCAGAUCUAACAGUUGUAUAGAGCAUGCAACAGGAAUCAUGGAGGAGCUGAAGGCUCCUGAAAAUCUCUCACAACAGAUUUCUAACAUCCAUAUAUCUGGAGUUGACACAAAGGACAAAUUCCUCCUUGAGAAACUUGAGGUCUACGAAUCUGCAGUUGGUGAUUCAAAUGUGAGAAGUGCUGCGCGAAUUGAAGCUUUCCCUCCUCCCUUCCAAACAAUUCCUCGCAAUCCAAUUGUUCUAGACCUUGCCUAUGAUCAUAUUGAGUUCCCAUCUCUUCUAAAUAGGAUGAAGAAAGAAACAAAGGGCUUCAUUAGUAGGUUUUGGAGAUGAGUUUUUUAGAUAUAUGAGUUUCAUUUCGUACUCCAAAUUUGAGGAUUCUGUGAAUUAGGCUUUGUCCUUGACCUUUGAUCAAACCCCAGAGUUUAUGGUGGUGGGAUAGACACAGUUUUGAAACUAGUGAGAACAUGGAAAAGAGAUAUGACCUUUAUUUUGUCUGUUGAGGAAAUUAUAAACACCCUAGAGAUUUGACAGAUGAAAGUGCUGGUGUUCCAAGUCUAACUGCAGUUAUUUUAUUCGGUCAUGUUGGAUUCA